AUGUGGCUACCUCUACUUCUCUACAUGUUAUUAACGAGUUCCGCGAACUCUCAACUUUCUUGCGAUCGGAUUUCGAUCAGUUUUUGUUGCACAACUCGAAUUCGUGAACAAUGUCCAACACAGUGUGCAAAUGUGAAUUGUGAUGAUGGUUUUAUACAUAGUUGUGAGUUUGUUUGGGUUUCUAGGCCGCGGACUAGUUUUUUUUUCAAUAUUUGUUUGGAUUUCUAGGCCAUUGGGAUUAGGAAUUUAGUUUUUUUGGAUCUUUAUUGUUCAUUAUAAAGCUCUGCAUCUCAAUUUAAUUAAAAUUCGUUUUUAACAUGAGCAAUCUCAAUUUUUCAUGAAUACCUAAUAUCAAACUAAAAUUCAAGAGGAUUUUCAAGAAAUUGCUCACAUGGAGCAUCAAGUUUCCGCUUUCUUGAAGGGUUUAACAUGAGCAAUCCCAAAUUUUAUUUUAAUAAUUGCUCAUAAUAAACUUUCUUUCAGUAUUCUCAAUUGAUAGUCCCAAAAGUCAGGCAAAAGAUGGCAAUACAAAAACAAAUGUGGAAGGUUCGACGUUUUCUGGUAAGUUUUUUCAAAUUUCUAAAUUUUCUUGAGUUACCCUAACUAAUUUUGUCCUUUUGUAGAAAUUGAUACUGAUUUUGUUGUAACCAAACCUGAUCAAUUGGCUCCGGUUCCGCCUGCUCCGAAAAUCGAAAAUUUUGCGACGUUAAUCCAUUCCACGACUGAACUUCCAACAACUACAUCUAGAAGUUUUGCGACGACGCGGAAAGAACCGCGUCGACGAACCACACCGGAUCCACGUAUCAUCAGACCGCCCGAAUCGCUAGUGGUUAUUGGAGAUUAUGAUGAAGAUGAGCCGGCUUCGGAAAAUGCUGUCGUUUUUGUUGACUCACCACAGUGUAUGUGUUUUUUGGUUGGAGUGAAAAAUUUGGGAUUCUGAGGGGUCCUUUAGAAGUUUAAAAGGUCCCUCAGAAAUUCAGAGAAUCCCUGAGAAGUUUAGAAAGUCCUCCAGAAGUUUAGGGGGGAACUUCUGAAUUCUGGGAGGCCCCUUAGAACUUCGGAUGGUUGCUCAGAACUUCAUGGGGAUCCUGAAAAAUUCAGAAGGUCUCUCGGAAUUUUAGAAGUUUCCCUCAGAAUUUUGGGAGGUCCCUUAGCUUUGAAAAUUGCAGCUCCACUACAAACCACGACCGAAUUUCCGUUGCCACCUCCAACAACAUCUUCCGCAUCCGCAUUCAUCAGUAAUUCAGGAGACACUGGUUUCAGAUCCAGAAAGGAGAUUUCUGAUGGAACAGCGUCGCGCAGGUAACUUUUUUAAACAGGGCGAAAUACGUUUCAUAAUGUAAGAUAUCUGAAAAUCGGGCCCCUAUGGCUUCUAGGCUUCUCAUCCUGAGUUCUCUAGCAAACCAUUCUACCGUCGCCGCGCUUCAGCCGCUUCAAACCGGCUAAUCUGCCGGAUUUUCACGCCGGGCCGUCUGGCUUGCGAUAGACGAGUCAGAUCGCUUCAAGCCGUCGGACCUCCCGGAUUCUCACCGGUUCCAACUUCGACUACUACUACUACUACAACCGUGCCCCCACCGAUUUCGCCGCGCCGCCGACCAAUUUGGCGUGGUGUUGUGCGACGCCCGUCGCUGCUGUCGCGAGAUCAAAGACGCCGCAAUUUUUCGACGAGUCGCAUUCAAAUCACACCGUUUAAUGAGGAAUUGUUGAGGAGAAGACGGAAAUUGGAUAGGUGGGCAGAGAUUUGCAUGAAAAUGGUGGAUGAUUGGUGGAGGAUUGCACUGCAUGAAAGUAGUUGUACUAACUCAGGGGGAGGAAAAUAUCAGAAAAAUGUAUCUUAUUCUAACAUGAGCAAUACUUCUAACACAAGAAUUGUUCAUGUUAAUAACACCAUAUAAGUUGAACUUAACAUGAGCAAUACCUUUAACAAGGAUUUUCUAAAAAUGUCUUAAAUUUGGAAGCACAGCUUUUUUUCUGCAUGAUAAUCACUUUUCCAAUUCUCACACAAAACUCGAUCCAAAAAUAUUGAUUUUAAAUUUUCCAGAGGUUCAUCUGCCGAAUGGAAAGUCUCCAUAAUUCCCCGUCAGCAGAAAUUGCUGAAACCCGAUAUUAAUGCGAUUCCAGCGUUGACUAUUGAUGGAAAAUCCGAUGAGAGAUUCAAUAAGUUUUAUAGAAGUGGGUUGUGGAGAAUUUCGAUCCAAUCAAAAAUCAAUAUUUUUUCCAGAUUUUGGAAAAGUGUUCAACAAAAUGACGGAGCCCGAUCCUGUUCAACCGAAUUCCGAAGUUGUUUCAUCGGGAUCCAUAGAAUCAUCAGCAUCGAUAGCGCGACCUAGAACUACAGUCUCGCCGGGCACAACAAAUCGAGUUGCACCCAAAAUCUCGGCGACAACUCGUGGACCACCAGCAGUUGCGCCAAAAACUUGCGGUGUUGCCCCAGAUUUUGUGCCAUGUGUUAGUAAUGAAGUGGCGAGUCGGGAACUAUUGGCGUGUUGCCAGCGGAAGAAUUUACCGGCUGGAUGUCAGUCACUUUGUCGGUAUGAUGUCACGCAAGCUGAGGUGAUGAAAUAGCCACGUGGCAGCUUCUAACUUUCACUUUUCCAGAUUCGUUUGGCUAUGGAUCGUGGACAAUGCGGAAUUUUCAGCGUGGCGCCGUUCCUUGAGUGUGCCUCGCAAGGAAAAGACAACUCGGAAUGUUGUCGACAUCGUGGAAUUCUUCAAAAAACGUGGGUUUUAUCAGAAAGCUUACCGGGAUUUCAGAAGCCCUAGAAUAAUUCCCCAGAUGUUUUAUGAGCUUCUGAAAACUUCAGGGAAUUUUCUAGCCUUUAGAACUGUUCCUGGGUUUUCAAAAGCCCCAGAAUAAUUCCCCAGAUGCUUCAGGAUUUUUUUCCGGGCUUCUGAAAACUUACAGUGAUCUCCAGGGCUUUCCAGAAUUUCUUAAAUUGUUUUUUUAAAUCAGGAAAUCAUCUCUCGACCUUCUGAGGUCCUCCUGGAUUUUCAGAAACCUCAUUUGCUAAACUUUUGAAGUUUUCCGAGGCUUCCGAAAAAUAUUCAAAGAUGUCAUGGGUUUUUUAAAAUCCUUCCAGGCCAUUUCAAAAAGGGGGUUUCUAGGAUUUCCGGAAAUCUUCCCAAGGUUACAGAAAAUUCCCAAAAUUCUCUAAGUCUUCUAGAAUUCUUCCUGGCUUUUCAGAAGCUUCAGAAACGUCUUCUUGAUCUUCAAGAACUUUUCCACGAGCUUCCAGAACAUCUCACAAAUCCCCUGAACCUUCUAGACCUCUUCCCGAGCGUCCAAAAAUAAAUUCCAAAAUUUGCAGCGGUCCACAAUGCGAGCAAUUCUGCCGACCAGCUCAAGGCCUCACAGCCCUCGGCAUUCAACAUCUGGUGUGUGGCGGCGCAGUUGGUGACAUGCUUCAUUGUCAUCAUUCUGGUGUCAGGAUUUGA